AUGACGCAUGUAAGUAGAGAAGAAAGUCCACAUGGGCGGCAUUUGGGAGUUACUGAUGUCAUCAUGAUGAUUGUCCAACGUAUCAUUGGGUCUGGGAUCUUUGCUGUGCCAUCGAUGAUCUACAAAGAUGUUGGUGGUUCACCGGCACUAUUUUUCUUGGUUUGGAUCAUUGCAGGAUAUUCGAGUUAUGCAGGCCUCAUGUGUUAUGCGGAGUUAGGGUCUAUCAUCCCUAGAAGUGGUGGUCUAAAGGCUUUUUUGCCAGUCAUUUAUCACAAGCCUUACAUGAUGAUAAAUGUAGUUUAUGGAACUUACAUUCUUGUUUUUGGUUCGAUUGUUUCUAACGUCAUUAUUUUCGGUGAAUACUUCUUGUCUGCUUUGGGGUACUCGCAGGGUGAGUUCACAAAGCAGCAUUAUAAGACGGUUGGUAUAGUAUUUUUAGGAGGGCUGUGUCUCAUGUUACUGAUUCACACAAGGUUCGUUGUUAAAUUACAAACCAUUAUGGGUAUUGUAAAAAUCACCCUGAUAUCCUCCGUCUCCCUGAUAGGAAUUUUUGUGUUGGCGUUGCCUUCAAAUGAACCCAAAUUCACAAACAACAUACACACUAGCGAUUUUUUCACUAUCAAGACCCAAAUUACUAUUGCGUCAUUCAUUUCCGCCGUCAUGAAAGCUAUAUUUUCUUGUAAUGGCUGGCAGUCAAUUUAUAAUGUUCUUGAUGAGAUUAAAGAUCCCGUUAGAACAAUGAAAAUAGCUGCUCCUUCAUCAAUAUUUUUGAUACAGUUGUGUUUUUUCUUGAUUAACUUGACAUACCUGAUUAUUAUACCAUCAGAUGAACUGCUUGAAACUGAUAAAUUGGUAGGUCUUGUAUUGUUUGAGAAACUUUUUGGUAACUCACUGGGCAGGGUGAUCUUGUCCUCUCUAAUUGCAUUCUCUGUUGCUGGCAACAUAACUACAGGGAUCUAUCAUUCAUCGAGAGUAAACCAAGAAAUCUUCAAAGAGGGAUUUCUACCAUUCAGCAGGACUUUGGUAAAAAACUAUCCGUUCAAGUCGUCCCCGGGAUCUUUAUUACUUCCUCUUCUAAUUACAGCUUCAUUUCUUUUCGUACCAACAACUUCGAGUAUCUUCAGUUAUGUUAUUAAUUUGGAUGGUUACCCGUCUCGAUUCUUUUUCGGUCUUGCAUCCUACGGUAUCCUGGUACUGAGGAGACGAAAACCUGACGUUGUUCCAGGAAUAAAGGCUUCCAACUGGGAAAUUGGAUUCAUAAUAUCACUCUCUACCUUUAUGGUACUUGGUCCAUUGCUUAAACCCGAUAAUUCACGGUUCCCCGGUUUACCCAACUACACCUACGUUUCACUGUGCCUAUUGGGAGUGUGCACGUUGUACUGGUUUUUCAUGUUCAAGAUCGGUCCUAAAUUGUUUCAUUAUGAACUUUCGGAAAAACAUGAAACACUAAAUGACGGUAUGGUGAUCACAACGUGGGAAAAACUUAAAGACACCAUUCCUGGAACGUCGUACGGGUCUGUAUAA